CGGUGAUCUCGCUGAAUGACAGCAGGGAGGGUGCGCCCGCCUUGCCCCUCCGGAACGGCCCUGGGCGCGCCGCGGUGGAGCUCUCAUUCUGCCCGCAGCACCGGCAGCAGAAGGUGGGUCUACUGCGGCGCAUCGGCCAAGCUGCCGUCGGCAACCCCUGCCCCAGCCUCGCCCAUGGAGGAGUCGCGCAGCCACAGCGAGAGCUGCUCCUGCUGUAACACCAACUGUGUGGAGCGGCCGCUGAGGCGACUCUUUGAAGGGCUGGGGAGCAGCGUGGCCGCCUGCCCCUGGCCCUUCGUGCUGCUGCCGCUGCUGCUGUCGGGCGGGCUGGGAGCCGGCUUCAUCUUCCUGCCGCAGCGGCAGGCGAACGACAUCGAGGAGCAGUUCACGCCGACGGAGGGGCCCGCCAAGGCCGAGCGCGACUUCGUGCGGCGGUACUUCCCCACCAACGACUCGCAGAGCUUCUCUGCCACACGCCUGCCCACCGAGGGCGCCUACGCCGCCCUCAUCGCCGUGGCGACGGAGGACAAGUCCGUCCUGGACUCGGCGGCGUGGAGCGAGGUGCUGAAACUGGAUGGGGCGGUGAGAGCGAGCGACUACGAGACCCUGUGCGCCCGCAAUGCCGCCGACGGCGCCUGCAGCAGCCCCAACCCGCUGCUACAACCCGCCGCCCCGCAGAACCUCACCUACCCGGUCAAUGGAACCUCCUUCCUGGGCACCGCGCUGGGCGGCGUGAGGACGGACGCCGACGGGCAGGUGGUGUCGGCGCGGGCCCUGAAGCUGAUGUAUUACCUGCGAGAGGACGGCCCCGAGGCGGCGGAGAGCCGGCAGUGGCUGGAGAGCUUCCUGAAGGAGUUUCCCAGGCAGCUGGCGAGAAUGAACUUCACCGCCAUUCAGGUGACUUACUUUACAUCGCUGUCCAGGCAGCAGGAGUUUGAGGGAAAUACCAAGAGCGUGAUCCCACUCUUCUCCAUAACGUAUUUCUUGACAAUAACUUUUUCCAUCGUCUCUUGCCUCAGGUUGAGCUGUAUAAGAAAUAAUGUCUGGCUUGCAAGCUGCGGAGUGCUUUCUGCUGGUUUAGCUGUACUGAGCAGCUUUGGAUUGAUGCUCUUCUGUGGAGUGCCCUUCGUGGUCACUGUCGCAAAUGCACCGUUUCUCAUUCUGGGGGUUGGUGUUGAUGACAUGUUCAUCAUGAUUGCUGCCUGGGAACAGAGCUCGAGAAGAAAAGAGAAGUCCAACGUUAAGUCUCUGCUGGCUGAGACUUACUCAGAAGCAGCUCUUUCUGUGACCAUCACCACCCUCACAGAUGUUUUGGCCUUCUUCAUUGGCACCUGGACUGCUUUUCCAUCCGUGAGGUCAUUUUGCCUCUACACAGGCACUGCUUUUGUCUUCUGCUAUAUCUAUACCAUGACCUUCUUUGGGGCAGUCCUUGUAUUAAAUCAUAGAAGGGAGCAAGGAGAGCGGCACUGGCUGACUUGUAUGCCCGUGGGAGGAGGGGAAGGGCAGGCUGAGUCCUGCUUGUACAAGGCUUGCUGCAUAGGCAGCUGCUCUGGGCACUCAUCUCAGCCAGACAGCGAGCAUCCAAUGACCAUAUUCUUUAAGAAGUACUAUGGCCCUUUCUUCACCAACAAAUGGAUCAAGCCACUUGUGGUGCUGCUGUACGCAGCCUACCUGGGUGGCAGCAUUUAUGGCUGCAUUCAGAUCCGGGAAGGCAUCGAUCUUCGGAAUCUGGCCAGUGACGACUCCUACGUUGGCCCCUUCUAUGAUGAUAAUGAGGAAUACUUCUCAGAGUAUGGCCCCAGGGUGAUGGUUGUCAUUACUGAAAGUGUAGAUUACUGGAACGAGACUGUUCGCCUUGGCAUUGAGAACUGCACACAGGAUUUAGAGGGCAUUUCAUAUGUAGACCAGAAGCUCUCAGAAUCAUGGCUGAGAGUGUACACAGCCCUAGGAAAUGCUGGUCAGGUAAAUCUAGACAAUAAGACUUCUUUCCUCAAUAACUUAACUCUGCUGUUCCACAUUGCUCCCAGUUUUAAGUGGGACAUUAACAAGACUGAGGAUGAAAUCAGAGCUUCACGUUUCUUCAUCCAGACAGUGAACGUGACCUCAGCUGUUGAUGAGAAGAAUCUUCUCCAUGAGCUGAGAGAGAGAGCCAGGCAGUGCAGUGUGCCACUGCUGGUGUACCACCCAGCGUUCAUCUACUACGACCAGUACCUGGUGAUAGUGCAGAACACCAUUCAGAACGUUGUGGUUGCUGCGGGGGCCAUGCUCCUUGUCUCCCUUCUGCUCAUUCCCAGCCCCUUGUGUUGCCUGUGGGUGACCUUUGCUAUAGCUUCUGUCAUAGUGGGUGUGGCUGGCUUCAUGACCUUUUGGAGCGUCAAUCUCGACUCCAUAUCCAUGAUCAACCUGGUCAUUUGUAUUGGGUUUUCAGUAGAUUUCUCUGCUCACAUUUCCUAUGCUUUUGUUAGCAGUGGAGAGUCCUCAGCCAACGGAAGGGCAGUUGAAGCUCUGUCCCUGCUGGGUUACCCAGUCUUACAAGGUGCAGUUUCUACUAUCCUGGGAGUCGUUGUCCUGGCUGCAGCCAAAGCCUACAUCUUUAGGACAUUUUUCAAGAUCAUGUUCCUGGUUAUUUUGUUUGGGGCACUUCAUGGUCUUGUUUUCAUUCCAGUGUUUCUAACCUUUUUUGGGAACUUUGGCACAUUGCCCCACUAUAUAGAACCUAAUAAUAGUUCACUCCACCACACCACAUCUGAAAAUAAAGAACUUAGAUACAGAAAAAGUAAAGACUGUCCAUGAGUUGAGUUAAAUAUCGUAUCUAUUUAUUAUAUGUAGAUUAAAAUGCAGUGGCUUUUGGGGAAUGUAAAACAUGAGGAAGGUGAAGGACAGAAGAAUGAAUACAACAGAGAAUGAAAGGCUUCAGAAAAGCCAGGCAAGAAAAAUAACAGAAGAAAUGAAAACACAGAGAAUGGGUUCUCAUUUCUUACUUUUGUGUGUUUGACUCUGCUGCUGUUUAAUCCUUUUUUUGGUGACUUGUUCGUUGAAUGUAGUAAUAUUCUUCUGAACACUGACCAUGGCAGCAGCUUAAUAAACCACCUUACAGGUUUACCAUAACUCAGCCCAGCUCAGACCCAGAAGACAGCUUUCCCCCAAGAGGCUCAAACCUGGAGAUUGUACAGCAGGAGGUCAGAACUGCCUUGGACCGCAGUGACUUGUAAGCCUUCAGGAGAUUAAGUCUGUGUAGGCUUCUAAUGCAGCACAAAGAACCCUUAGGGAAGACAAACUGACUGACAUUUUCUAUCCACAUCCUGUUCCUGGUGUCCUGUUUUCUUCCCAAGAUUAAACAUUUUACAUUUACAA